GCCCACACUGGUUGCAACUUCAACUGUAAUCGACUUGACUUAUGAGCCUGUCAUUACCUUUCAAAGGUGGAAAGCAGGUCGGCCUCAACAAAAAGCAAGCAGAUGCAAUACGUGAACGAGUAAAAAAGAAAAGAGAUGCAAGAGAGUUGGCGAGAGAAGAGGAAAGAAACUACGUAGAAUUUCGGAAAAUGGAAAUUCUUUACCAAUUUCGUCCAAAAUCAAUUGCUGCUUCAAGAAAUGCUGAUGAUUCGUUUCCUCGUCGGAGACGUGGCGUUUCUAUGGGCUUUGGGGAGCGGAAAGCAUAUUUCUUGUCGAUACGACCAAAUCCGAAGUUCGCGACUUGGUUUGGAAAAAAGAAGCACCAACCACCCGCAGACAACAAGAAUAAAAUACUUCUGCCCAUAUCUCCAGCCCCAGUUCGACAAACAGUAAUUGAAAAAAGUCAGAUUGUCGACGAAGACGACGAAGAGGAUCUUAGUCGUCGUUCAGCUAAGAAAGGGAUCAAUGCAAGUAAUCCGUUCAUAAAAGGAUGUCCCUUUUGGACAGUGGCGACGGGUGAUGAAGAGGAAAUGGCAGAAGAUGAUUAUCCUGUGGACAUCGAGGCUAUCGAAAAGGUUGUCAAUGGUGCUGAGCUGAAACGGCCGCCAUAUGUUCGAAAAGAUUUCCAAGUUUUCGCUGCUGAUGUGGAAACUUUCAAGAAGGACGAUAUUUUAUUUGAUAGAGAAUUGAUCUUUGGUAAUACAGUGACAACAGUGCUGAAUUUAUUUUGCGCCGAUAGUGCGAGAAAGAGUACGAAAAAGAAAGCUAAAACCACAUCCAUGAGUGCCGAAAAAUGUGUUACAUGGGCGAACACGAUCUCGAUCACAACUUUUGACGUAGAGAACAGAGAACCGAAGAAGAGAAGAGUGCCUCAGGAAGAACCUAUGAAGAAUGUGGUUCGUAUGUCAGCAGAAGGGUCAAAGGAAUGAGAAAAUUUUCGUUAUAUAGACAAACAAGAAAAAGCACAUUAAUGUAUAAUACGAAAUGUUCUGCAGA